UAGUUGUGUUUCUCAGAGAUCCUCAGCAGUAACUUUUACUAUUUAGAAACAUACAGGACUUAAACUUGGUGACAUACAGGCCGUGAGCAAGUCAUUUUAUCUGAACCAAGAACCUGAAGCACAUUCCUUAAGUCUGGACCUCCUCUGACACAAACAGGCUUUCCAGUUGAGAAGAAAGAAAACGAACCACUUUCCCAGAGAAUCAUGCUGAUUCGUACCAGAAGUCACUGCUGAUGCAGAGUCUGUUAUGGAGAAGCUUCCAGUGUAACUAGGAGGGAAGUCGCAAAUGUAGAAGAACCACCUUUUUUCCAAGAACCACCACUGUUGUGCCCAAGUUCAUUGCCAGCCACUUGAAAAAGCCAGUGCUUGCUAUGACCUUUGAGUGUUCGAGCAAGAAACAAAGUCUGAUUUUGAAACUCAGUGAAUCAAAGAAGACACUGUUAUCAAGAAGGCCAUCUUCUUAUGGGUUGCUCAUGUAGGCGUACAUGGGUAAUCUUAUUUAGGCCUAUAAGCAUCAUUUCUGCCACCAUGAUUGCCAUACAGGGAAUAGAACAGCCCCCACCAGAAGCUGGUUAUGGUGCACAGCAGCUGGGACAGCCUUUAUAUGUGAAUUCUAAUUCAUGGAGAAGAAUGACAGAGAAGUUCUUGAAGGGGGAACCCAAAGUCCUUGGGGUUGUGCAGAUUGUGAUUGCCCUCAUGAACCUUGCCAUAGGAAUCACAAUGAUAAUCGCCUCCAUGCCAUUCGAUCACCCAAUCCCUAUUUCAGUGUUCAUAGGGUACCCGAUUUGGGGGUCCCUGAUGUUUAUUAUUUCAGGGUCAUUUUCAAUUGUAGCGGGGAGAAGAACUACGAAAGGUUGGGUUCGCAGCAGCCUUGGCUUGAACAUCACCAGCUCCGUGUUUGCCUUCUCAGGGAUUGUAAUCACUUCACUGAGCCCAGGCAUUUUCUCUUUCUUUUUUUAUGGCUGUACAUAUAGAAGCUCAUCAGAAAGCUCAGCAGAAAACUGUUACAUGGCCAUGUUCAUUUUAAUGGGUCUGGAUAUUGUGAUAGUCAUUCUAAGUGUGCUGGAAUUCUGCAUCGCUGUGUCCCUCUCUGCCUUUGGAUGCAGAGUGAUGUGCUGUAACCCCGGUGAGGUUGUGAUAAUUAUGCCACCAAGUCCUCCCACGGCAGAAACAGCAUAUCCGAAAUCACUUCGAGAAGGUUUGGUGCCAUCAGCACACCAAGAGAAAAAUGUUCCAGAAAAUCUGCACUGAUUUUUCUUUUCAAUAACCACACAUGGGAAAGCACCAGACUCCAUCUCUGAUGCAUGUGCCCAUGUGUGUGCGUGCAUGCAUGAGUGUAUGUGUGCCUGUGUCUGUAUGAGUGUGUGUGUGUGUGUGUGUGUGUGUGUGUGUGUGUGUAGAAUUCAAAUGACAUUCUCAUGUUUCUCCAGGAAGUUGGCAGAUCAUUUCACUGGUUCUCCAUAAGAGUAUCAGAACAUAAUAAAUAAACCAGCCAUCUACUGGCUAAAUAA